AUGAGCGACUUCAACAAUUACGGCGGCUCCGAAGAGGAGUACGCGUCGGUUCGCAAAUUCGCUGCUGAAACGGAGACGAAUCCGGACAACUUUGAGAGCUGGGAGAACCUGAUCAAAGCCUGCGAAGCUCUUGAUGGUGGCCUGAACAGAAACUCGAGCCCCCAGGCGCUCUCUACGAUUCGCGAUGCCUACGAUCGACUUCUGCUCAAGUUCCCGCUCUUUUUUGGGUACUGGAAAAAAUAUGCCGAUUUGGAAUUCAAUAUCGCUGGCCCAGAGUCAGCUGAAAUGGUUUAUGAGCGAGGUUGCGCCAGCAUAACUAACUCUGUCGAUCUUUGGACCGACUACUGCUCUUUCAAGAUGGAGACAACACAUGACCCUACGCUGGUCAGAGAUAUCGCGCUUAAGCACCAUGAUUUCGGCUGUACACCUGUCAAGAGCUCUGCUGCUCACUAUCGACCGUGUCUGAUGACUUUGUUGAUAUGUACUCUUCGUCCCAUAACAUUGCGUCGUGCUCCUACCGUUGUCUCCACUGGGGAUCUAGAAUUCGAUUUCUACACUCCCAGAGGGCCACCACCCCUUUGUGUACUGACCCUCCUCUGUUCCCAUACUCGCCAAACCCUUACCCCCGUGAGCUCCCUACUGACAUGGCUACACAGACUAUUCGAACGCGGAGCUACUUUUGCCGGUUUAGAUUUCCUAGCCCAUCCUUUUUGGGACAAGUACAUUGAGUACGAAGAGCGACAAGAGGCUCAGGAUCGAAUCUUUGCCAUUCAUGCUCGAAUUAUCCGCAUCCCUCUUCAUCAAUAUGCUCGCUACUAUGAACGAUUUCGAACUCUGUCCCACACCCAGCCUCUAACAGAGGUUGUGUCGGCAGAUAUACUGGCCAAGUUUCAGGCCGAGGUUGCGGCUGAAGCAGCUGCAUAUGGUGGUGCCGAACGACCGGAGCUGGAGGUUGAAAGAGACGUCCGAGGAAAGAUUGACGCCAUGUACUACGAAGUCUUCACCCAGACACAAAACGAGGUUUCAAAGCGAUGGACAUAUGAGUCAGAAAAUAAGCGACCAUAUUUCCAUGUGACUGAGCUUGAACACAGCCAGCUCAAUAACUGGCGCAAAUAUCUAGACUUUGAGGAGGCCGAGGGCGACUUCAACAGAAUCGUCUCAUUGUACGAACGGUGUCUCGUUACUUGCGCUUUCUACGACGAAUUCUGGUACCGAUACGCCCGGUGGAUGGCGGAGCAGUCUGGAAAAGACGAAGAAGUUCGCAAUAUCUAUAUUCGGGCAUCAACUCUCUUCGUUCCCAUCAGUCGACCGGGAAUUCGUAUGCAGUGGGCAUAUUUUGAGGAGAGCUGUGGCCGCGUAGACAUUGCGCUCGAUAUCCAUGCUGCUAUCCUUACGAAGCUUCCGGACUGCGUGGAAGUGAUCAUUUCCUGGGCGAAUCUUGAGCGUCGCCAGAAUGGCACUGAAGCUGCUAUCCAAGUCCUCAAGGAUCAGAUCGAUGCUCCAACUGUUGAUCUGUAUACCAAGGCCGCCCUUGUGGCUGAGUGGGCAAUACUGCUAUGGAAGGGCAAGAACUCUACUGAAGAAGCCCGAGCAGUUUUCCUCAAGAACGUGCAGUGGUAUGCAGACAGCAGGACAUUUUGGGAUAAGUGGUUCCAGCUUGAACUGGAGCAAGCCACACCAGACAAGGAUGCAGAGACCCAGCAGGCGGAGCGCAUCAAGCAUGUCUUUGACGAGUUCCGCAGCAGAAGCCGGCUGCCGGCCCCAGUUAAGCGCGAACUGGCUCAAGUUUAUAUGAACUACCUAGUUCAACGCGGAGGCAAGGAUGCCAUGAAGGAAUUCUUGGCCGUAGACAGGCAAAUGUUUGGGUCCGUCAACCAUGCGACCUCCCAAGAAACGGAAGGAUUCCAGCUAACACUUAGUCACAGGCCUGCGUCUGUUGCGACGGCAUCAAAAAGUGCAACUGGCGCCAAGGAGAAUGGCGCAUCACUCGGAGAGCUUGAUGCAGCCAGCCAGCUCAAAGCUCAGACCAGAUACCUAAACUUUUACGAAGCCCACCCAGAGGCUAAUACGGAGGCCCAGGGCUCUGCCGAUUUCAACUAG